AGCGAGGGAGAAAGAUCUGACAUGGACUGACCGAGAAGGGGAGAGAAAUCUACUCCAACUUCGGCCACUUUCCCGGACAUUUCCGCGGAGGGAAACCGAUCCCUGGUAUGUAAACAGAUAAGCGUUUGGGGUUUGCCAGAUGAGAACAAAUUCCUUUCCUUUUUUUUUUUUUUUUUGGAUCCUCCAGUCGGCUGCUGUCCUUCUGCGUACAUGCGAUGUGUCAACACCAGGUUUAGGUCCGACCACAGGACCGACUUCCCUAUUCGACGUUGAAACGAAACUCGCUUCCUGUGACAUCUUAUUAUCAUACAGCAGUCCGUGUUGAGGCGUCAUCGCAUCCUGGGGCAUGCACUCCUCUGAUCGACUUGAGGUCCACCACCGAACGCCUGCUCCAAUUCAUCAGGUCAAUAGUCGGUUCAGUCUAGAGACAAAAACCCCAUCGUCGUCCUCAGAACUGUGAUGCAGGGUUGUUUGGCAUAUUCCGCCAUGUUGCAGCAAUCAGAGCUCGUCUUUGACUUCGCCAGUGACCAUGUCAACCUGUCAGGGUUUAGGGAUCACUCGGAUUUGCCUGCUAUGAUUAUGGAGCCGCUUCCACACCACCACCUGCUAGCAUAUUCAGGGUUUUUAUGUGAAGAACCACAGGCCGAGGACCACCACUUGCUUAAAGUGGAGCCGUGUGAAAGUGGAGACGAAGAGACCAUGGAAACACUCAUUGCUGCUGACUCACUUCUUGACCUGGACUGUCCUGACACCCUGUCUUUGGAGCAACACUACUCCCAGACCUUUCUGCCAUCAAUGGGUGAUGUCAUCACUGCUCCUGUCACUCAGGUGACCGUGUCAGCAGGGGGUGUGGUGGGAGCUGUCGAGGAGCCCGACUGGCACUCAUUGCACACUGAGAACCCUGCGACACAGCUGCAGUCCAAAAAGAGAAGUAGAAAACGACAUAGAAGGACCGAUUCUCCUACCCCAGAGAUAGUAGUGAGGAGAAAUAGAUACAAUAAAGGCGGGCACACGUUGUACCUGUGGCAGUUUCUGAUGGAGUUACUGCAAGACAGACAAGUUUGCCCUCGUUACAUUAAAUGGACCAACCCCAACGCCGGGAUCUUCAAGCUGGUCAACUCCAAGGCCGUGGCCAGACUCUGGGGCAAACACAAGAACAAGCCAGAUAUGAAUUAUGAGACCAUGGGGAGGGCGCUCAGGUAUUACUACCAAAGAGGCAUCCUUAAUAAGGUUGAAGGCCAGCGCCUCGUCUACCAGUUCACCUCCCUCCCCGAAGACAUGAUUUACAUAACAGACGGCGAUGGCGGCAAAGAGGACGAAGAUCCCGACGACGGCAGCGCUAACGAGGGGGUGAGCGAGGACUCCGACGACAGCACCGUAUCUUCCGGCAACCAAUCGGUGGACGAGGAAGACCCCAUCCCGCAGAAAAAACCCUCGCUCGUCCCGGCCCCGGCCCAGCCUCCCCCCCACCGCGGCCGGCCGCCACGGGACGCCGUCCUCCGACCGUCCAACUCCAGCCUCAUCCAGGAGCAGCACCUGCCCAUCGUGUCCGCCGAGAUGCUGCGCACCCUGCAGAACCUGCAGAAGGUCCAGUCCCUCCAGCCGGCGGGCCACGCCUCGGUCUUCAAAACGGCCCAGCUGCUGGGGAGUCUGUACGAGCAAGACGCGGGGAAGACCCAGCCGGUGGAGGCCCAGCAGCUGGUGCCUCUAAUUGGCUCCGACCAGUAGAACGGCGAAACAUACCACUUCCACUCUGCGAUGUCAGGAAACAACUUCAAUUUCCUCAGCAUAGCGUAGCAAAGAUCCACGUCAUAGCUGGAAAGCUCGACUGAUAUCAUUUGUGACUCCAAAGACGGACUCUGGUACCCCUCCGCUUGCACUUCUGAGCAGCACACUGUGCUCUUUUUCCCACCCGUAUACUGAAUCAUUCCUCUGCCUUGACAAUGACUUUGCACUAAUGUUUAUCUCUGCUGUAGGUUUCUCCUGAAAGUGCCUGACGUUCUCAGUCCUCCUCGUUCGAGGGACGCAUUCCACUUUUUUUUAAGAUAAGUGAACUCCGAUUGUCUUAUGAAUUGUUUAAAAAAAAAAAAAAAAGAAAGGGAUCACUGUUAGAAUAAAUUAGCACUGCUGCUGUUAUUAUUUAAGUUUUAUUUUCAGCAGUUUUUUUGACAAUCACAAGCGAUCUCUUGACUUUAUUUAGCCACUGUGCCUCUUGUACUCACACUGUUUGUUUCUCUGCAAUGCACACAUUUUGUCUGAAGUUGUACUUGUAUGGAACUGUUAAUGCCAUGGUCAAAAGUUUACAUACACUUGUGAAGGACAUAAUGUCAUGGCUGUCUUGAGUUUCCAGUCAUUUCUACAACUCUUGUUUUU